AUGCCAGAGCGUGCGCGACCCUCAAGUAUCACAGGCGGGUGCCUCUGCGGCGCCAUCCGCUUCACGAUUCGCUUUCCCAACGACUCCGAUUGGCCUCCCAAAGGCAACGGCAUCUGCCAAUGCACUAUGUGCCGCAAACACUCUGGGUCGCUCCUUCCGCAGAACAUAUCCUUCCCCGUCGCGCAUCUCAGUCCCAGCCUUAGCUCUCUGCCAACCUAUAAAACCUACGCCAGCGGACCGACUACCUCGCGUGGGUUCUGUUCGACGUGCGGAUCGCCGCUGUCGUUCAAUGAUAAGAAAGAUCCGGAUCUCGUCGAGAUCAACAUUGGGGCUCUUGACGAAGAGGCUUUAAUCGGGGACAAGGUGGAGGAGGAAGCAUGGGAGGAUGAGUACGGAAGACAUGUUCCGAGGAAAGGUGGAUGGGGGUACGAAUUGGGAUUCCCGCAAUAUCACAUCUUUGCGGAGAAUGAAAUAAAGGGUGUGACGGACGGGUUCGAGGGUGAUAAGUGGUUGACCGAUCGGAAGGGGGGAAAUGUAUUCAAGGGUAAGGUGGGUGAGAUGCGGAGGAAGGAUUGA